AUGGCUAAUUGCGUUUUAGUUAUUGCAAGUUUUGUAGCCGUUACCUUUGCCAUGGUCACUGCCUUUGAGCCUAGUCCAUUGCAAGAUUUCUGCGUUGCCGAUCUUACUAGCUCAGCAAGAGUUAAUGGUCUGGCUUGCUUGGACUCGAAGAUGGUACAUGCCAACCACUUUUCCUUCAGUGGUCUCCAUAUCCCAGGAAACACAUCAAAUCCCCUUGGCUCUGCAGUUAAACCAGUCUUUGUAGGCCAAUUACGAGGACUGAACACCCUUGGAAUCUCCAUGGCCCGUAUUGACUAUGCAUCCUGGGGUCUAGUUCCUCCUCACACACACCCCCGUGCAACUGAAAUUCUUACAGUCUUGGAAGGCAAACUAUUUGUUGGCUUUGUGACUUCUAACCCGGAAAACAGGCUCAUUACUAAGGUCCUUGAGAAGGGUGAUGUCUUUGUGUUUCCUAUUGGACUUGUUCACUUCCAGAGAAAUGUUGGCCAUGGAAGUGCUUUCUCAAUCUCUUCCUUAAGCAGCCAAAACCCUGGUGUUGUUCUCGUUGCUAAUGCUCUAUUUGGAUCUACUCCAAGCAUUCCAAAUGAUAUUCUAGCCAAGGCUUUCCAGUUGGACAACUCUAUAAAAGUAGCUGCAUGGAAUCAAAGCAUAACGCGCUUUCGUGGGGAAAAAAUAUCUGACAAGCCUAAUAAACUUGCUUUAGAGGUUCUUUCCUUCAAAACACUUAAAGAUGCUUCCACUCUCUCCUCCACCACCCUAGCCACUGCCCACAGAACCAUCUCCACCAUCAGAAAAAGCAGAGCUUUCCAGUCUCCCUUACAAGGAGUUGAUCAUCAGAAGCAUCCAAUUGAAGCAGUACUGAAGGAGCUCCAUGAAGAGCUUAAGAGAGUCUCAUAUGCAACAAAAGGGUUUAUACCUUGUGUUGCUCUUCUGGCACCAGAGAAAUGUUGGCCAUGGAAAUGCUUAAGCAGCCAGCACCCUGGUGUUGUUCUCAUUGCGAAUGCUCUAUUUGGAUCUACUCCAAGCAUUCCUAAUGAUAUUCUAGCCAAGGCUUUCCAGUUGGACAACUCUGUAAUUGAAAAACUUCAAGCUCAAUUCUAG